AAAACAUGUCAGUUCGCUUUCUACUGUCAAAAUUACAUUGUGACAAAAUCGAGAAAAAGAUUACAAAACCCGUCCUCGUGCUGUUACACAAAAGUAAGAUGGUCGCUUUUAUAUGCGAUGGAAGUUCGAUUUUACGAUACGAAAUGGAGAAUAGGGAAAUGUUUAAGUUUGGCGCCUCUCAGGUAUUACCGGGCCUGUACGUGGGUAAUUACAGGGAUUCAAAAGAUGCCGCUCAGUUAGCAAAGUACAAAAUAAGCCACAUCGUAGCCAUCCACGACACCGCUCGCCGUUUACAUUUGGAUAAGCAUUACCUCUGCGUUAUGGCUUCAGAUUCGCCCGACCAGAACUUGUCGCAAUACUUCUCUUUGUGCAACGACUUCAUUCACGCUGCUCGAUUACGAGAUGGAAACGUCCUCAUCCACUGCCUCGCCGGAAUGUCACGUAGCGUAACGGUGGCCGUAGCUUACAUAAUGUCCGCAACAAAUUUGUCAUGGAAAGAAGCUUUGAAAGUUGUACGUGCAGGUCGCGCUGUGGCCAAUCCCAAUUUGGGCUUUCAAAAACAACUUGAGGAAUUCGAAGGGACGCGAAUUGUUGAGGAAAGGCGUCGCCUAAAAGAGCGGUACCCAAGUUUGGCGCUCGUGAAGCAAGACGUGGAGCAGUGCGCCCUAAUGCUCGACAACUACGAGCAGCUAUUGCAGUCUCGCAACAUCUGCGAAGGACGAUGCGCAAUGGGCGAGGAGUGUCCGACGGGCGUCUGCAGAACUGCGCCGACAAGACGCUCAAGGCGGCGCAGUGGCAGGUCGCAAACGACGGAGGGCGUAACUAGAAGUCCGAGUACAACAAGCAUACGACCAAGGUCUGGUCCCGCAGGUCUAAGAAGUUAUACAGGUUCAGCUCCACCAUCUCGCUCCGCUUCGAGGGUUGACAUAUCAAAAGCAGGCCCUAGCGAGUCCCUAACUGCUCCAGUCACUCCAAUGAACAGCCCUCCAGUAUCUCCUAAGCAUCGAGGAACGAUACACGUUUCGGCGCCAGUCACAGUUAAAGAAGUCCGGGGAUCAUAGCCUAUGGUAUUUGUUUGUGCAUCGAGAGAGAUGCGUUUUAAAGAAGUUCUAAGGUAACAUUGUCCAUUAAAUUUUAAAAUUCACCCGGAUUGUAUACUGCCUACGGUGGUGGGUGUUACAAAUACGCUGCUAGAACCGAGAGAAGUGGGGGUGAACUUCAAAGCCAUAUCUUUUUGGUCUUGCGUACUUAUUGUACAAACUGCUCAGAUUAAAGAAAAAGAUAUGAUUUUGUAGCCACCUAUCAAGAUUGUGCAUUCAGAUUGAUAUAAAUCCAUCCAUUUAAUCCAAAUUUGUGUAUAAUAUCUUUUGUAAGGAUCACGAUUUUGUGCACACUCUAUUCGUGAAUGGAUUCUGAAUCCACUGUUUGCUGCAGAUAGUGUUAGCGUUUCUCCAUGCAAAAAUGAUUACAGUAUCAGCAUACAUAACAUUAAAAUUCAGCCUGGCAAGGGAUACAACACUAGAGCGUCUGAUAGUUCUUUCAAAUAGCAGGGUAUAGUCCAGGGUUAUGCGAUUAUUAUCAAAAUUAACUGUGUAGAACAUUAGAAUAUUUCGAAUAUUGUUACGUAUAAUAUUCUCUAUCUGACUAACAUAUCUGGAAUAUAAAUCUUAUACCUACAUAUUGAAUACAAGGUUCUAUUAAACUGAGGCAAUCAGUAAUAUCAUGAAAGAUCGAGAUCAUGUAUACGACUACUAGAAGAUAUUUCGCAUAAUUUUGGAAUGAUAUAUUCCUGUGUUUUGCACGAUUUUGCAUGCAUAGAUAUUUCCCUACGUUCUAUUAAAAAAAAAUGCGUCCACCUAUACUAGUAGUUCAAAUGGGUAGUAGGUGCAAUGUACAACUAUCACCUUCAAUUCUACCGUUAGCAUUUAGUGUGGAUAUUACGGACAUGCGAUUGGAGUAGAAUUGUGCUAUUUGGAAGGGGCUUGACGUGACCACAGAAAUACUAUCACUUUGGUUUUAAAGUGUGAAACAUCGAAAACCGUGACCUUGUAUGUUAAUAUUAUUGUAAAAUCAUUUGUAGGUUUAUUUUGAAAAUUCCGCGUUCUAGUCAUUUAAAUAAAAAUAUAGACACACUGUGUCUCCCCAACAACCAAUAGUCGGUAUAUACAUUUCUUUAAACAUUUCUUGUUGCUACAAACACAUUGAAAUUGGCAAAUAUGAUACAUACUUUGUCUAGAUUAAAAAUGUGUCCAGUCUAAACUAAUUAAUAACAAAGAUAUAUGAAUCAUUAAACAUUCAAUAUAAAUUACUAUAUCAUUGAUAGCUACGGGAAAAAGAAGAAAAAAACAUUUUUUUAGUAUUAGGUUUUUUGUAGAAUGCCCUGUAUAUUUUUACAUAUUUUGAAAAAUAAUUAAUAAUUAAUAACUAGUAAUUAAUUAUUAAUAAUUAAUAAUGAAGGAUUUGAUUGAACAUACCGCCCAUUCAGUGGUUUGUUGAGGACGCAGAAGAAAAGUUGCUACCUACAAAAUCCAGUAAGCCUAUUGCAAAGAAUAUGAAAAGUAGUGGCGUGGAUAAAUAGGAAGCAUCGUUUAAACAAAGUCUUAAAUGCAUCGUUAAUGCUGGCAUAUAUGAAGGAAAUGUCAAAGGUAUCUAAAUCUUCUACCCGUUGGUGCAUUAAUUCAAAACUUCAAACAAUGCUGCAAUUAAAAAAUGGAAUUGACCCGCGUUUGUGAGAGCUUCAAUCAAAGGAUAGGUACAAGCCAAAGAAAUCUUUGGCAUUUACAGAAAGCUACCUAAGAUGACUACUUCAAGAGCGUUGCAAACGUUACCAUUUAGAAGUGCUUCAAAUCUGGUUCAACUGGUUUGGGAGGUUUUCUUGAAGAUCCUUGAGAGAUUGAAGAUGAUAAUACAAAAUCAAAAAGCCGUGGAAGGCGAAAAUGUCUCAGAAGUCGAGAAAGGCAAGGGAGACAAGGAUCGCGGAAAAGUUGGUGCGAACGACUGAAGAAGGCAUAAAUGCAAGAGCUGCCGAAGAAUGCGAAAACUGAAGAAUCCAGAGGCGAUGGGUAUCCAAAGCAAUCGAAUAAAAUAAAGAAACUGAGACUCCGAAAAAAUGGUUACCAAAGAAGCCAACGAAGCAAUGCAAUAGAAGUAUGAGAAUUGCAACGAGGGUUUUUAAAUUUAGAUAUAAUUUUGUUUUCGAUUGUAGUGGGGAUGGACUUUGCGGAAAUUUGUUUAUUAUUAUUAGCUUUGAGAUCUUUGGGUACCCAUUUUUCCUUCUAUAAGUCGAAAUGGGGUGCAAUGAUAAUCCACGUUUUAGAAGUUAAAACCUUCUUCAUAAAAUACAAUUUAUUAAAAAAAUUUGAUGUUGAA